AUGUAUAAGGACGUGAGAAAAACACAGUUUCUCUGGAACAGGACGACAGCUCAGAGCGGUCAGAGGGCUGGUGUUGGAGCCCUGUGGAGGAACGGGGCCGUCCACAGGCUGGAGGAACAGGGCCGUCCACAGGCUGGAGGAACAGGGCCGUCCACAGUCUGGAGGAACAGGGCUGUCCACAGGCUGGAGGAACGGGGCCGUCCACAGGCUGGAGGAACGGGGCCGUCCACAGGCUGGAGGAACGGGGCCGUCCACAGGCUGGAGGAACAGGGCCGUCCACAGUCUGGAGGAACAGGGCUGUCCACAGGCUGGAGGAACGGGGCCGUCCACAGGCUGGAGGAACAGGGCCCGUCCACAGAGCUCUAUGGCUCUACCGGCUGGAGGAACGGGCCCGUCCACAGGCUGGAGGAACAGGGCCGUCCACAGUCUGGAGGAACAGGCCCGUCCACAGGCUGGAGGAACGGGGCCCGUCCACAGAGCUCUAGGGCUCUACCGGCUGGAGGAACGGGGCCCGUCCACAGGCUGGAGGAACGGGGCCGUCCACAGGCUGGAGGAACAGGCCCGUCCACAGGCUGGAGGAACGGGGCCCGUCCACAGAGCUCUAGGGCUCUACCGGCUGGAGGAACGGGGCCCGUCCACAGGCUGGAGGAAUGGGGCCCGUCCACAGAGCUCUAUGGCUCUACCAGCUGGAGCCGUAGGCCUCACGAUCACCUAAAGAGGAAGGAAAAUAAUGGAAGCGUCGCUGACAGCUGUUCUGCUGCGGUAAAUAUAGACCAGCCCCCCCCCCCCAGUGGACACCGGGAAGGCCCCCUCCGUCUGACGGACGCUCACAUGUUUAGAUGAAGGUUUCUGCAAUAGGGUGGCACAUAAUAAAGGACU